AUGGACAUUGGACCCGCCGUAUCCAUAGGAGUUGACACUGGCGCGGCGAAACGGCACAUCCGGUCAUUGGAUCGUUCGCCGAAAGCUCACGCCGAUGGGAUCGUGACAGGGGCCAGCUUGACGGUGACGCAGACCAACUCCAGCGAUGCUUUCUGGGAGGCUGUCACUGCCUUUCACACGGCAAUGCCUGCGUGGAUCGCGAAGUUAGCAGCCACCGCCUAUGUGAUCAUGGACGGCAGUCUGUAUUUUAUGCCGGCGACAUUUCCGGGCUACAACGCAAGCGAGGUGAACGGUUUCAUGCAGCCAUUUGUGGCCCAGCUGCAGCGUCUAGCCAUCAACUACACAACUUCGGUCCAGGGCAGCCGACUGAUUCCACGCGAGGUACUAAUAUCAGCGGACUCCAACCACGCCCUGACAGCGGCAUUACGCGAGAUCAGCUCCAACCAGGCAUUCCAAAUUAUUAGCGUGGGCACAGAUGUAUCACGGGAUAGCAAUAUACCCAACACAGUCUUCCCCGGCUGGCGCAAGGCCAUUACCUGGAUCGAAUUAACUGCCAACUGA